AAAGAAGUUCGCAAGUCAUUCGAAGUGUGACAUUUAAAUGUAUCGAUAAAGACGAUAAGUGUUAAAUCAGAAGGUAAAACAUGGAAAGCCGCAAAAUAACGGCUUUUAUAAUAACUGGACCGCCAGGUGUCGGCAAGACAACUUUAGUUCGCAAAAUAUGCAGCAAAUUGAGCGAAUUUUGCAAACUAGCAGGUUUCUACACAGAGGAGGUGCGGACGUAUGGCCAGCGAAUUGGGUUCGAUGUGGUCUCCUUGAGUGGUGAACGUGGGAUCUUGGCACGUGAGAAGCCAGCGGAUAACAUACGCCGGCCCAAGGUGGGCAAAUAUGCUGUUUACGUGGCGGAUUUGGAGAAUAAGGCAUUGCCACUCUUAGAAUCCGCAUUACCAUCGCCUUCACUUUCGUCCUCGGCCUCGCAGCAGCUGAUCGUAAUUGAUGAAAUUGGCAAAAUGGAACUGUUAAGCAAACGUUUCGAACGUGCCGUUAAUAAACUACGUAAUCAGAACCAGCCUAUGCUAGCCACCAUACCUUCACAAACCCGUCAGCCUAUUUCGUUUGUCGAAGGUAUUAGAAAUGCGCCCGACUCGAUCGUUUUUCAUGUUACCAAAAACAACCGCGAUAGCAUGGUCAACGAAAUUACAGAGUUUAUUGUUAAGACGAUGUUCAAGGGAAAGUAAACUGUUGGCCGUUCACAUGCACAUGCAGCUUAGGAGGCGGGAACGAAGUUAACGUAGUCAUUAGCUGUCUGAAAUAAAGUCAGACAGUCAGAACUAAAAUCUUUUUAAAUCUUGUCGGAAACAUU